CGCGUGACGUCGGUACUGUUCUUGUUUUGGCAGUUUGUUUCUAUAUUCACCGAAAGCCAGUCCAUCAAGAGGGCGUUUUGUGUUGGUUCUCCACCAACGAGCUGCGAUGGUAUUGAUUGAGCAGUGACAGAUUGCAGGAGCAGGAAAGUUUAGUUUCACAAUGGCAGAUGGAGGCAGCGAUGAUGAAGUCAUUCACCUGGCGAGCUUCAACGUCCACCGCAGCCAAGGCUCCCGCUCCCGUAAGAGGGAGCUCAUCACCAUCUCCGAUGACUCAGAUGAGGAGCCUGUGACUCUGGUACCGAGCAGCCCUGUUUUAGUUCCAGAUGAUGACGACGUCAGCAUAUUAGAGCCGUUCACACCUGCUCGCAAACACGUGAUUCGCCCAGCCGCCAAAUGGAGUGGGGCGCUGCGUGUCCCGGUUCAAGUUUUCGAUCACAGUAGCGAAACUCCUGGGGUUCCCUCAGCGGACCCUGGUCCCGCCCCCUCUACCUCCAGAGACGCCACAGCCAGCUCCUCCGCAGCGAGGCUGGCCGCACGGACACACACAGCGGUGCAGACGAGUGGAUACACACAGUCACACCCCGGCACCUCGUCACACACACACUCUCAGCCAAAACCCUACAGGAACUCGCAGCACCAGGACGGUACGCCAGCAUACACAAAAGAGGAACCCCACGCAGUUCCCAUCCAAACCCCAUCUACCUCUGCAAAUGCCAACACAUCCAUUACACCAGGAAUAAAUCUGCCUCAGCCCAGCACAUUUGGACUCACACACUCUUCAGUCAGGGGGGGGGCGAGUUCCUCCUCCAGUGCCACACGCUAUCGUUCUGCAUCAAGUUCUUCUACUAAGACUAAAGAAAAGGCGAGCGCUCAGUCACAUGACAACCCUCAGGCCAGCACUUCCUCUGCUCACACGCUGUCUGAGCCCGGUACAUCUUCACAGCCCCCCCCCCACCACCUAGUGGUUCUUCCGCAGCAUCCGAGCACCCAGGCCUCGGCUCCACAGCUGCAGCUCCGGCCUCAGAACGUGCUGCAGCCGGUGUCGCUCAACCGCCUGCAGGGGAACCUCGUUCAGAUGGAGCUGCGGCCCCUGGCUCAGGCCCCCGCCCAGCCUGCAGCCCACCCCCCUCCCCCCCCUCAGGUGUUCCCGGCCGCCCCCCCUGCAGUGCUAAUAGCUGCAGCCCCAGAGAGACUGGGCCCUCCUGAGGCGGGUCACCGGAUCAUCUUAGGGAGCCAAGCGCCCGGGGAGCACCUUCCCAACGCCCCCCCGCAGGCCGGCCCCUCCGGAGGGCUCCCAGCAGCCUGGUCCCACCAGCGGGGCCCCAUCAGCCUCCACAUCCGGGCCCCUAACUUGGUCUUGAACGCUCCCGCUCCUCCAGCUCUCGCAGCUUUGGUUGCCGGGGGAAACGCUCGUCUCGUUCCGGCUCCAAACCCAGAAAGAGUUAACCCCGCCCUGGGACUGGUGGCCGUGCCCCCCGCAGCGGAGGACGCCCCCCGGAUCGAGGACGCCAGGCCCGGCCCCUCCGCAGCAGGAGGGAGGGCCGAGCUGCUGCCCCACGUCAGAGACCUCAUCACUAGGGUGUUGGAUCUUUUCCCAGACGUCCUAGAAGCCUAUGUAGCAGAACUGAUCCAAACGAAUAAUGUGAAAGACUUGAAUGUUAUCUGUAACCUGCUGUUGGAGAACCCGGAGUAUCCGAGGGGCGGGGGUGCAGCGACCCUAGCCCCCACCAGCAUCCUGCUGGAGUCUGGAGACACCCAGACAGAGGUGACCGAAGACCUGUUUGACUUUAACAAACUGGGCACGGUGGGGCUGGAGGCGUCCGUGCAGGCGGCCGACCUGCUGAUGGCAGACUUCAGGAUGCUCAGCUGUCAGGACAUCAAAUGGUCCCUCAACGCUCUGAAGGGACACUAUGCAAUCACACGCAAGGCCUUAUGUGAAGCGCUGAAGAAGUGGCAGGAAUCAGGCGACCCCUCAGGAAAGAGACGAAGAAGCAGAGCCGCCUCCUCCGAGCGCUGCUACGUAGACUUUCAUUUUGAGCACGGCUCUGUGAAGUUUGAGAAGAGGAUGUAUUUCCUGGAGAGCGACCGACGCUACUGCAGGACGUACAACAGUCUGGAAGCUUCUGUGCAGAAUGAGCUGUCCUUCUACAAGCAGAAGGCCAAGGAGUGGGCCGAGCAUGAGGACUUCCUACUGGCUCUGCAGGUCAAUGAAGACGAGUACAAGAUGGACGGGCAGCUGAUCGAGUGCGGCUGCUGCUACGGGGAGUUUGCGUUUGAGAAGAUGACGCAGUGUUCAGACGGACAUCUGUUCUGUAAAGAGUGCCUCGUCAAAUACGCUCAGGAGGCCGUGUUCGGCUCGGGGAAGUCGGAGCUGAGCUGCAUGGAGAGCGGCUGCCCGUGCUCCUACCCGGUGUGUGAGCUGGAGAAAGUCCUGCCAGAGAACAUCCUGUGUAAAUACUACGAGAGGCAGGCGGAGGAGGCGGUCGCUGCCAGCUGCGCUGAUGAACUUGUGCGGUGUCCGUUUUGCACGUUCCCAGCGCUGUUGGACAAAAACAUGUCUCUGUUCAGCUGCCCCAACCCUCGCUGCCCCGCAGGUCACUGCAGGAAGUGUCACGUCCAGUGGAAGCAGCACAUGGGGAAGACGUGUGAGCAGGUCCUGGAGAGAGACGAGAUCGGCAUGAGGGUGCUCUUUGAGGAGCGCAUGACGGCGGCCCGGGUGAGGAAGUGUGUGAAGUGCACCACAGGCCUGGUGAAGUCCGAGGGCUGUAACCGGAUGUCGUGUCGCUGCGGCAGCUUCAUGUGUUACCUCUGCAGGGAGCCCAUCACCGGAUACAACCACUUCUGCCAACACGCGCGCUCGCCCGGCGCUCCCUGCAGACACUGCCGCAAGUGCUCGCUCUGGACCGACCCCACGCAAGACGACGAGCGAAUCAUUCAGGUGAUCCAGAAGGAAGGAGAGGCCGAGCUGAACAAGAAGAGCUCCGAUAAUUCGGGGAAGCGGGUCGGCCCCCCCCCGGAGCCGAUCACCGAGGUGAAGCGACCCAGAGUGGGCCCGGCGGCAGAGGACCCGCCCCGGCCCCCCCCCCCUCACCCACUGGCAGUCCAGGCUCCCCUCUUCGUCCCCCCCCACGCCCGAUUCGCCCCUGCUCCUCCACCGCAGGGCAGGAUGUUCCAGCAGGUGAUUCUACCCAGACUGCCCCCGGCCCCCUACGUGCCCCUUCUACCACACCUGCCCCCCAUGAACAAUAACAACAACAACAACCAUCACCACCACCACCCAAACCUUCCCGUACACCCGCCUCUCCCCCAAAACAUGGACAUGAUGGACCUGCCGAUGCACUACGGCCCCCCCCACCGCUACUACAGACGCUUCUAACACAGUCCUGCUUCUCAUUUCAGUGCCGUUUUCCACAAUAUUUUGUAUCAAUUCCAGCGCGCAUCAACGUUUAUUCCCAGUUUAUACAGAUAUUUUUGAGAACAUAAUUUAAAAAAAGAGAAAAACUGUUAGCAUUCCCUUCUCAAUCUUUUGUGUAACUCGUGUGAGACCACACCAUUUUUCGAAUAAAGAGUUCUGUUAACGUUG